AUGCUACCCUUCAUCUUGCUGUUUCGUUCUAGACACCAACCAGUUUGUUGCUUUGUCAAUUUGACCACUUCAACCUUUCUGCAAGAUUGGAUUCGGAAACAAACUCCGAGAAAACCUACCCGUUUCAAGCUACACAAAGCUUAUACUGUCCUCGAUAAUGAAUUUUUGGAUUUAAACCAACCAAAGCCCUUUUCCUUGCCACAGAAUAAUACGUUACUGCAUCAGAGUAUCUAUGAUUCAGUUAAUUCUUCCAUAUCCGAAAACCGUUCCCAGUACUUCGCUGUCGUGGCUAUUGCAGGGAAACAGUUCAAAGUAACUAAUAACGAUUUAAUUAUGAUCAAAACACCGUUCUAUGGAACUGACGUUGGUGAUCGUGUUCAAUUACAGAAGGUCCUACUUUUAGGAUCAUCAGACUUUACUAUUAUCGGUCGACCAAUUUUACCAGUGCAUCAGGUGUAUAUUGAGGCUGUAGUGAUUGAAAAAACUCUUGAACACCCUAAAGUUUGGUACCAGUUUCAUCGUCGUCGUAGACACCACAAACUGCGAGUAUUCCAGGGGAAUGUUACUGUCCUUCAGAUUAUUGAUGUUCGUCCCAAUACAUUAGCAACUCAUUAA